UCACUUCCUGAACUCAGACACUUCCUCUUUUCAGUCAUGAUUCACACGGCUGUUUCGGCUCCGCUUUUCUUCGACAAAAAGGCACUUAAAAUGUGUCUAAUUGCACUCAUAAUUACACCAUUUUGCAUUGGACAACCAAUAGAAUACGUUCAGAGGAACAUUUCCUGCGUCGAAGUUCCUGAUGGAUUCAACUUCACACAUGAAUGUCCUGAGCGCAGUGAGAUUAGCAUUGAAGCUAACAAGACUAUUAUUGCGACUGCUCUGCUGAGCUCACAGUCCUUCAAUUAUUCCACUGAAGUUUUGCGCAUGGACAACUACUCGGUCAUUACAAAACAUUGCCAAGACCUCAAAGUGACAUGCACAAUUCCUGAUGAAAAGAAUUGUGUAAAAGAGAUCAUCCUGGAUAUAAAAAUUAUCAGUAAACCUGAGAGUUCUGAUCCAGUUGAUCCACUAAAGCCAUGGGGCUACAUCUGUAUAAGUGUAGUCCUGAUUGCUGUUGGAUUUGGGAUCUUUUGUUGGAGUUACAUGUCUUGUAAAAAAGAAGGGAGAAGGCAGCAGGAAGCAACCACACCUGGUUAUUUACAAUAUCUGCUGACUUGCUUUGGUCUCAGAAAAGGGACUUUCCUGGCAGAGAGGGGCGAGAGAGAAAUCAGACAUUCUGAAGGAACUGAACUCCAGGAAGUCACACAUGGUGAUACAGAGACUCAACAGAACGGUGAUGUCAGGAAUGUAACCCGUCAUGAUAGAGAUCCACAUGGAAGUGGUGAAAAUGAAGCUGGGGAAGAAAACCCACUUGGAAAUGGGCAUGUUCACUGUAUUGAUUCUAAGGCUGAUGGCAAAACUCCUCAAUCUCUUGGUCUGGACCACAGCUUUUGGAAUGAGACAAUCCAGCAAACUAGAAAUGACGAUAUAACUGCCCCUAAAGUCAACGGGGAAUCUCGUCACCGAGCCCUGAACAGGAACCCGAAGGACGAUGAUCCAGGAGGAGAGAAGAGUAAUGAAAGAAAAGACACUAUCAGGAAAAUGCCCAGUGGAUGGACUGUUGGUGAUCACAAUGCUGAAGACCAUGAGACUGAACGACGACCGCUGCUGCCGAAUCAGCGAGCUGCCAUCCCAGAGUUUGACAUGACAUGUGAAGCUACAGCUUUGGUGAACAAGCCUGGCUUUGACCCAGACCAAGUCAGUGGUUGCUCUGUUGCACCAGAAACUGACGUGGAGUCUACACACAACAUGAAAAAAAAUUAGUGGAAGCAUACAUGAAUAAUAAUAAUAAUAAUAAUAAUAAUAAUAAUAAUAAUAAUAAUAAUAAUAAUAAUAAUAAUAAUAAUAAUAAUAAUAAUAACAUAUUAUAUAUUAUAGUAAUACCGUACUGGCAUCUCCUUUGUUGUCAAAUCCAGCAUUUUUGUACAAAUAAUUAUUUUCAACCCACAAUUGUUUUUUCUCUUUACAAGGACAAUCUUAGAAGAUUUGUAUAUUUUUACAGGCCCAAUAUGCAAACUUCUAUAGAAUUACAAAAUCCUUAAAACAGUCAGUUUGCAUAAAUUUCUCUUUACAGAAUAAAAAUGAGACAGUUCCAGUAGAAACUAGUGUUACCUUUAGCCUAAUGAUGAGUAUAUAUAAACAUAUACAUAUGAAUAGUGGAUGCAACAGAUUGGAUAACAUAUUGAUCCGGGUCAUUAGAUUUAAAUGCACACUAAUUAUUACAGUUUGCCAAAUGAUUAUAUUACCUGGCAGUAAUCCCAGUGUAGCUUGAUGGACGAAAUGGAAGACACUGGUCUCUUUUGAAAAUACAUAAUGCAUAAUGGGAAGUUUGUUACUGAUGGUAUUAAAUGCUUGGCUUGACCAAUGGAUGGGUGGACCAUAAAGAUGCCAGUACUAUAUAUACAGCUAUAUAAGAAAUACAUAUAUAAGAGUUAUGAUAUAAUGUAAUGUAUAUAAAUAUCCAGAAACUAAACACAGCUUCCAAAUAAUUAAAAUGUGUAGUUUUAAUGGGAUUCCCUCUACAACUAUAUGAUUUUGAUGUAUUUUUUAGUUUGCUGUAUCUGAUUAUUCUGUUUCCAAUUUUAUUAUCAUUCUGAUCAAUUAUGUAAGUAACUAAUCAUCAAGUAAGCACGGCUUUCCUCCAUUACCAUUACUGCAUGAUCUUGCAAUGAAAUCUUUGUAAAUGUUGUAAUUUUUGUUGUUUUUAAAUAUAUAAUCAGCUGAAUCAUAGUAGUCUUUUUUUGCUAGCAUGUUUUUCUGUCUUAGUCAAACAGUUUGCAUUUCACUGUGCAUUUGUGAAUUCAGAAAUGGUAUAGUGCUUAUGCAGGUUUGUUCUGUAGCUCAUUUAAUCAGUUGCAUUGCAUGAUUUAAAAGAGUGCAUUAAAAAAUAAUGUCUUCUUGUAGUCAGAUUUGAAAUAAAUGUACUCUCCUCA